AUUGCAAGCCAACACGGAGCGUCCAUUUUUUUAGUAUUAUCGCAAUAUAUCUAAAGCAAGUAAUGAAAGUUACCAUAUUUUGUUAUAUAUUGAAAAAAUAAAUGUUUUAUAUUUAAUAUUUACAUAUUAAAUAUUUUGUACAAAAAUCAUGUCUUCAAAGCAAAAAAGCUAAAUAUGGCAGCAUUUUAGCGAAAUGAAAGACAAUAAAGUGAAUUGCUUAAAGUGCGGCCAACAGAUGUCGGUGAAAAAUAAAUCAACAUGUUCGUUAAUUCGACACAUGUCAAAAAAACAUCCAUUGGUGCAAAUCACUCGACAGGACUCACCAAUACGACUGCAGCAAGCUCUCAUAGCAUCAACCGAAGAUCAACCAAGAUUAACAUCAAUUACACAAAAAGAACUUACAAAUGUACAGGAUCAUCAGGUACAUCAGGACAAAUUACCAACUAUUUAUUCAGACCCCUGACAAUGAAAAAACAAAAGGAAAUUGAUCGUCAGCUUAUAGCGAUCAUUACAAAGGAGUACCAUCCGUUUUCGAUUGUAGAGGACGAUGAAUUUAAAAAAUUAAUUUAUAUGUUAAAUUCAAAUUAUAAAUUACCAACUAGAAAAACGGUUUCGCAGUCGCUAAUUCCCAACUUGUAUCAAGAAACAGUUGAUAUAGUACAAGGAAGGUUAAAGAGGGCUACUGCAAUUUGUCUAACAGUAGACGGUUGGUCAUCUAGGAAUCAAGAUAGUUUUUAUAGCGUUACCGCGCAUUACGUCGUUGAAGAGGAGAAACGCACAUAUUUAGCAUCAGAUUUGUUGGGAUGUGUGUCAUUUGCGGAUAAACACACCGGAGAGAAUAUCGCUAAUAAAUUAAAAAUUAUAUUGAAUGAAUGGGAGAUAAGUGAGAAGAUUAAUCUGGCAAUACGAAUUGGGGGUUGGAAGCAUUGGGGUUGUUUCGCGCAUUCUUUAAAUCUUGUCGUGCAAUCUGGCUUAAAAGAAGUACGCGUAAUAGUAGAUAAAUUAAAAAAAAUUGUAAGAUAUUUCAAGAAAAGCACUCAUGCGUAUAGCAAACUAAGGGAAACGCAAGAAAGAAUGGAGCUUCCAGCUUUAAAAUUAAAAAAUGAUGUACCGACUCGUUGGAAUUCAACAUAUGAAAUGAUGCAACGUAUAAUUACUUUGAAAACUGCACUAGUAUCAGCUUUAGCUGUCAUAAAAUCUGGGCGAGAUGUUGAUAUUAACAAUAUAGACUUAUUAAGUAAUGAAGAAUGGCUUAUUGCUGAACAGACGGUAAACAUUUUAGAAAUGUUUAAUGUUGUGACUACCGCUGUUAGUGCAGAAAAAGAGGUUAGUGCUUCAUGCAUAAUAUUAUAUUAUAAACAGCUAAUGAAACAUAUAAAUUCCUUUAAUACGGCAGAUUUAAUGCCUGAAGUAAACCAAAUGGCAGAAAAAUUAAAAUUAGAAUUACAUAACAGGUUCAGUGAUAUGGAAGAUAAUGAGCUUAUAUCACAAGCAACAGUGCUUGACCCAAGAUUUAAAAAGUUUGGCUUUAUUACGCAAACAAGCUACAGUGACGCUAUUGAAAAAAUAUGUUCUGAAAAUACAUCCACAAAUACAAUGAUAUAUUAUAUUGAAAACACGGCUAGUUAUAAUCACACAUCAACCUUACCUGAAUCUAAUAAAAGUUGUUUAGAUAUACUAUGGAAAGAUUUUGAUUUAGAAGUCCAAAAUCAUCUGACUCCACAGGACACAAGCGACAUUGUUAAAAAAGAAAUGGACAAAUAUCUAGAGGAACCCUUACUAGCAAGAAAAGAUAUUUACGGUGUGAUACAAGAUCCAUUAGUGUGGUGGCAUCAGCGAAAGCACAUUUAUCCAAAUUUAUUUCAAAUAAUGAAGAAACGAAUGUGCGUUAUGGCAACAUCCGUUCCUUGUGAAAGAAUUUUCUCCAAAGCAGGGCAAAUUGUAAGCGAAAAACGUGAGCGUCUAACGACGAACAAAAUAGCUCAAGUGGUAUUUUUAAGCUACAACUUAAACAAUAGGGAUUAG